GGCUGUUUCCCGAUACUCACAAGUGUCUUCACCCGUGCCUCUACCAUGCAGCACCAAGCCCUUCUGCUUAUUUGUCUGUGCCAUGUCCUGAGCAUGGUGGUCAGCCUGGACGCUGAGGUGACCAGGACUAUGUGUGGAGGAGACUGCCAGCUCAGGUGCGCUGCCCGCAGCAAGCCUGGGGUCCAGUACCGGGCAGUCAGGUGGUACAAGGUGGGCGAGCCUCCCUCCUCUCAGCUCAGCGGCCUGCUGGUCCACAACCUCCUCGAAGGCAGCACCCGGUUGUACGUGGGCGUGCAGCGGCAGGUGGAGCUGCUCGGAGACUCCUACACCAUCUUCAUGCCCAACGUGACGUCAGCAGACAGCGGCAAGUACGUGUGCCACCUGUCAGCGCCCGUGGGCGAGCGGAACCAGGAGGGCGAGGUCCACCUCACUGUCACAGGUUGCCCUGACAGUCCAUCGGUGGAUCUGAUGAAAGACUGUUACCUGGUGAUUUUUGCAACAGUAUUACUGAUGGCAGCGCUUCUCAUAUUCAUAAUAAGCUAUCGCAGUCUGAAGAGCAUGCUCAAGGAAACAAGCAGCAGCCCCAAAAAAGAGAUUUUUUUGGACGCGCCACUCAAACCGCUCGAAAAAAAGGAGUUGGAGAUGAUCUGGACUCUGGGUCCUGAUUGGUCGAAGCAGCCCACCAUUAAACAUGUCUUUGUUUGAACAGAGAUGUAGAAUACAUCUGCGGAAGUAGAAUCACCUCCUGGACUCACUGAAGAAUUCAUUUCCAGAGUGAUAUCCUCCACUUUACAAAGAGAACGCUUGCAGGAUGUUUGCCAUGCAGGACAGUGAGCCACUCUCCUGUAGGAAGUGCCAUUUUAUUUUAUGUUUAUUUUGUUUUGAUUUACAUCCUUUGGUGAGCAUCAGUGUCACUUUUACAAAAUGGUGGAUAUCUCAGUUUGGAAUUAAAUUCUUCACAAAAGAGGGACAUGAGCAUCACCUCAAGCAGGUGUAGCAGGAGCAAGAUGAUCUGCAGCUUCUCCUGUGGGCACCAGACGACCGCCCGGCCCUCACCGGACAGGAGAGCUGAGGAGUCUUUAAGGAACCCAACGCUGUAGCAUUAGGUUAAGUCAGCCCAGGCUUAUGUGUAAAGCAUAUGACUGGCUCAAACCUCAACGUGCUUCACAGUGUCCAUGUGAAAGCGAAACCACCAACCACCCGCUGGCUUUACACGGCACAGCUUCUGUGCAACCAGUUGCAGUUUGAAAAUCAAACUUUGCUGCUAUGUAACCAGACCGAUGAUGCAAAACAAACUAAGGCUGGGCGAUACGGACAGAAUUAAAUAUCACAAGAUCUUUUUUACUUUUUUACUAAUAUAGGUAUGAUGACUAGGCAGGUAGUAGCAAAUAGUAGAACAGCCAGAAAAUGUUAACACUUCAUACCAUAUCACAAUAUUACAAUCUCUAAAAUUAGACAACAUCUGGCCUGAUAUCAUGAUAUUGAUAUCAGGCCAGAUAUUAUUGAUAUAAUAUCGCACCACCAGCAACCAAACUGCUGCUUCUCACCCGAUGUUUCUACCGCAGAAAACCAACAAAACCAGUUCAUGUCAAAAAUACUGUAUUUACCACAUUUAUGAGUGAGAGGCACGUGUACAACGCCCCCUCGCAGCUGAAAGACAGAUGGGAAGUUCAGAUACGUCAAUGAUACCUGACUUUCUGGGUCAUGAGUGCAAACCACAUUUGCUUUCUGCUUUGGCAGCAGAGUGUCUGCCCUUCGUUCUGCUGCCAGGGCAGAAAGUAACUUUCAAUUUUUGGUCUUUGGACUUUUCCAACGCCGUCCGUGCCUGAUGCUCUCAGGUUGCUGCUGAUGUGCACUUGAGGGCAGUUGCAUGUUGUUGGCUAAAAGCUUGGACUGCUGCUACGUCACCAGACUCGUUUGAUGAUUGAUUCUUGCUUCUCAUUGGUGGGUUGGACCACAGAAUGCCAACACUGCUGCAUCGAAGUUGCAUGCAAGUUGCGCCUUGUGAAGCCACAGUGGACACACUCAUGUUGUGUGACGUCUUUGGUUUAGUGGGCAGACAGGGCCACUGAGCCAGCUCAUCACAGGAACAACACCCACGGCAAGGGCUGAAUUUAACAAAACUUUAGAGAGAAAUUUACAGGUUUGAAAAUGUAACUCAUGUUGAUAAACAGUGAAAAAUGUACUUAUUGUUAAGGAAAAGCGGGCAAAUUGUGGUUUGAGUGUUCACAAGGCAAGCUGCGUUCUGGUUUUAAUGGUUUGAUGGGAUCAGAUUUGUGGCACUAAUGUACACAAAUCGCAGACAGAGCCUCUGACAGUCAGAGCUUCAGGCAGACUUUGACGUUGCAUGUGAAUGGUGGAGCUACUGCUAAAAAAUAUAUAUACACCAGGAAGGGCAAUGACACAAUGAUGGAAAUAUAAGUCACAUUAAAGUGAAAAUAUUUCCUGUGAAACACAAUUUUCAGGGGUUACAAGAACUUUAACAUUGCACUGAAGUUAAACAUGGCUAGUUAUUUUACACGUGCAUUUUAAAGGAGAAAAAAAAAAUCAGAACUUUCACUGUGAAUGGAGUUUUUGUGGCGCAAAUAAGGAGAACCUAACCUUUAAA